CAUCCCCCAGCCACAAGCACGCCCAGCAUGUCCUCCUACGACAAGAAGUUCAUCCAGCAGUGUGCAGAAACCUGGAUUGCCAUCGGCACGUGCGCAGACACGAUCGGCCAGGUCGAGAAGGCUGUCGAGGCCUUCUCGACCGUCCUACGCUACACCCCCAACAACGCCAAGGCCCUCACCCACUUGGCUCACGUGUACAGAACAAGAGACGCCUACGCCGAGGCCGCAGACCUCUACCGCAGAGCACUCGCCCUCGACCAGCACAACGGCGAAACAUGGGGCCUCCUCGGCCACUGCUACCUCAUGCUAGACGACCUCCAAUCUGCAUACACAGCCUACCAGCAGGCCCUCCUCAACCUCCAGAACUUGUCCGUGCCUAAGCUCUGGCACGGCAUCGGAAUCUUGUAUGACAGAUACGGCUCCUUGGAAUACGCCGAGGAGGCCUUUGUGCGGGUCUUGGAAAUGGACCCCAACUUCGAUAAGGCCAACGAGGUCUACUUCAGACUCGGCAUCAUAUACAAGCUACAGGGGAAGCUCCAGAAAGCCUUGGAGUGCUUCCAGUACAUCCUGAACAGACCCCCAGCACCCUUGACCCAGACCGACGUCUGGUUCCAAAUUGGUACCGUUCUCGAGCAAAACAGAGACUUCACCGGUUCUAAGGAAGCUUACGAAAGAGUGCUCCAGUCAAGUCCUAACCAUUCCAAGGUUCUCCAGCAGUUGGGAGGACUCUACUCCCAACCAGAGGCACCUUUCUAUGACCUAGACAUUGCCCUCCAGCUUUUGAACCAGUCCAUCGAAUUGAACAACUCAGACGCACAUUCCUGGUACUAUCUUGGUAGAGUUUACAUGUCCAAACAGGAUUAUCCAAACGCUUACGAGUCCUUCCAACAUGCAGUCAACUUGGAUUCAAGAAACCCAACCUUCUGGUGUUCCAUCGGUGUUUUGUACUACAAGAUAUCCCAGUACAAGGACGCUUUGGACGCAUACACUAGAGCAAUCAGAUUGAAUCCUUACCUAUCCGAAGUCUGGUACGACCUAGGUACUCUCUAUGAAACUUGUAAUAACCAAAUAGGUGACGCUCUGGACGCCUACAGACGUGCCGCGUCCUUGGACCCAGAUAACCCUCACAUUGCAGAGAGAUUGAUGCAACUAUCCAAAUACGAAAAAGAAGGUGGUGCCCUUCCUCCUCCUGUUCAAACUCAACAUCAACUUACCAUGCCUUCUCACCAGAUGAUCCAGCAGCAGCAGCAGCAGCAGCAGCAACAGCAACAUCAGUUGAACCCUGCUAACGGCUUGCCAUUAGGUCAGCAGUUCCAACUUGGAAAUGCUCCGAACUUAAUCCAUCAGCAGUCAAAUGAACAGCGGGCUCAAGCUGAAGCUCAAAGACAGGCUGAGGUUCAAAGACAAGCCGAAGCCCAGAGACUGGCUGAGCAACAGCAGCAGCAGCAGUUGGCAGAGGCCCAAAGAAAGGCAGAAUUUGAUGCCGAAGAAAAGAGAAAAGCAGAGGCAGAAGCAGAGGCCACCAAAAGAGCUGCAGGAUUACAGAAACAAGCCGAGAUGAAGGCCGAAGAAGAGAAAAAGCAGGCAGAGAAGGUCAAGAAGGAAAAGGCCAAAAAGGAAAAGAAGGACGCUGAAGAAAAAGAGAAAGAGGCCCAGAGACAAAGGCAAAGACAGCUUGAAAUCAAUUCCGAAAAUCGAAAGCAGGCUCAGCAAGAAAGGGAGCUGGAGAUGGAGAAGCAGAGAAAGUUUGCUGAAACCGCUGAAGCUGAGGCUAAGGCCAAAGCUGAGGCAGAUGCUGAGACUGCAGCUAAUGCUGCUGCUGACGCUAAAAUUAAGGCCGAUGAAGAAGCCAGAGAGCAGGCCAGAAUUCACGCUGAAUCCGAAGCUCAAGCUCAAGCUCAAGCUCAGGCCCAGGCUGAAGUUGAAGCUGAAGCUGAAAACCAAGCUAAGGUCCAAGCCGAAGCUGAGGCAGAGGCCAAUGCAAGACAAUUGCUAGAAGCAGAAAAGGUCAUCAAUCAAGAACCAUUGUCAAACGAGAAUGCACGGUUUAUCAAUCUCGAAAAGCUGGAUUAUAUCUCGCCGGCAGGGAAUAAAGGCGUUUGGGAGAUUGCCAGACGUACAACAAGACCGAAAGGGUCAGACGUGGAUGCGGUUAUCAUCAUCCCGACCUUAAAAUACGCCAAUGGCGAUAAUAAGUUGGUUUUCGUCAGACAAUUUAGACCUCCUACUGGAGGGGUCUGUGUAGAGUUCCCUGCCGGUUUGGUCGAUCCGGAAGAUACUCUUGAGGCUUGUGCUUUGCGAGAGCUCAGGGAGGAGACGGGCUACGUUGGAGUCAUCCGUAAGAGAUCUGGGGUUGUGUGGAGUGACCCUGGGCUGAGCGACGCCAACUGCGAGAUUGUCUGGGUAGACGUCGAUAUGGAGCAGGAUGAGAAUAAGACGCCAUUACCACACUGGAUGGACAACGAGGUGAUAGAGGUGAUAACCGUCAGAUUAGACGAGUUGGAGAAGUCCAUGGAAGAAUGGUCUAACAAGGGCUAUCUAAUCGAUGCCAAGAUCCAGACAUUCCUGAUCGGUCUGUGUAUGGAAAAAUGA